GGGUGAAGGCACCACCUCUGCCUACAGAUUACGCAGACAAGCCCCUGGAGAAGCCCCUGAAGCUGGUCCUCAAGGUCGGAGGAAGCGAAGUGACGGAACUCUCGGGGUCAGGCCACGACUCCAGUUACUACGAUGACAGGUCGGACCAUGAGCGGGAGAGACACAGAGAGAAGAAGAAGAAGAAGAAGAAGAAGUCUGAGAAGGAGAAGCACCUUGACGACGAAGAAAGGAGGAAGCGAAAGGAGGAGAAGAAGCGGAAACGGGAGAAGGAGCACUGUGACACGGAGGGAGAGGCGGAUGAUUUCGGUCCUGGGAGGAAGGUGGAGGUGGAACCGCCCCCCGAUCGGCCAGUCCGCGCCUGCCGGACGCAGCCAGCUGAAAAUGAGAGCACGCCUAUUCAGCAGCUGCUCGAGCAUUUCCUGCGCCAGCUCCAGAGGAAAGAUCCUCAUGGGUUUUUUUGCUUUUCCUGUCACGGAUGCCAUUGCUCCUGGAUACUCGAUGAUAAUAAAACAUCCGAUGGAUUUUGGCACAAUGAAAGACAAAAUUGUAGCUAAUGAGUACAAGUCAGUCACGGAAUUUAAGGCCGAUUUCAAGCUGAUGUGUGACAACGCCAUGACGUACAACAGACCAGACACCGUGUACUACAAGCUAGCCAAGAAGAUCCUCCACGCCGGCUUUAAGAUGAUGAGCAAAGAGCGGCUGUUAGCUCUGAAGCGCAGCGUGUCGUUUAUGCAGGACAUGGAUUUCUCUCAGCAGGCAGCUCUUCUGGGCAGCGAAGACACAGCCGUCGAGGAGCCUGUUCCCGAAGUCGUGCCUGUGCAAGUAGAAACUGCCAAGAAAUCUAAGAGGCCGAGCAGAGAAGUCAUCAGCUGCGUGUUUGAGCCGGAAGGAAAUGCUUGCAGCCUGACCGACAGCACCGCGGAGGAGCACGUGCUGGCCUUGGUGGAGCAUGCGGCCGACGAGGCCCGGGACAGGAUCAACCGGCUCGUCCCCGGGGGCAAGAUGGGCUACCUGAGGAAGAGCGGGGAUGGGAGCCUGCUGUACAGCGUUGUCAACACAGCCGAGCCGGAUGCUGACGAAGAGGAGACCCACCCAGUGGACCUGAGCUCACUGUCCAGCAAGCUGGUCCCGGGCAUCACCACGCUGGGCUUCCGGGAGGAGCGGAGGAGCAGAGUCACGUUUCUGUCCAGCGCCAGCACUGCGCUCUCCCUACACAACAACUCGGUGUUCGGGGACCUGAAGUCCGACGAGGCGGAGCUGCUGUACUCAGCCUACGGGGACGAGACGGGUGUGCAGUGCGCGCUCAGCCUGCAGGAGUUUGUGAAGGGCGCAGGGAGCUACAGCAGGAAGAUGGUGGACGACCUCCUGGACCAGAUCACGGGCGGAGACCACUCUCGGAUGCUGUCCCAGCUGCGGCAGAGGAGAAACGUCCCGAUGAAGCCUCCCGACGAAGGGAAGGCUGGAGACCCUCUAGGGGACGGUGGCUCCGCCCUCGACUUCAUGGCCGUGAAGUCGUAUCCGGACGUCUCUCUGGACAUCUCCGUGCUCGGCUGUCUGGGGAAGGUGAAGAAGGAGCUGGACCCUGAUGACGGCCACCUGAACCUGGACGAGACAGCAAAGCUCCUGCAGGACCUGCACGAGGCACAGGCGGAGCGCGGGGGCUCCCGGCCGUCGUCCAACCUCAGCUCCCUGUCCAACGCCUCCGACAGGGACCAGCACCACCUGGGUGAGGGGCACUGGGAGGGUCCUGGAAAGCCGGGGCUCUUGUGGGUGCCGGGUGCAAGUCCGCAGGCAGGGCUCUGGCCCCUGGUCACAGCAGGUCACCACGGCUGCCCCGAGGAAGCCCUUCUCGCCUCAGUGUCGGGGAGCAGCCAGAGGUGACCCACGACCCGUACGAAUUUCUUCAGUCUCCAGAACCUGCGGCCUCCACGAAGAACUAGCCUUGUAGUGGUCACUGAUAAUUGUUUAUUUUUAAGUUUUUAUUUGCAUGUACAGAGUUUUUGUCACGAGACAAAAAGAGUUUGGUUUUGUCCCCUUGGGCGUGCGGGAAGCAGCCCCGGGGAGGUGAUGAGUGUCCCUGAGGUCCUGUCAGCCGCGCAGGGGUGCAGUGUUCCUGCAGAGAGCCGCGGAGGUCACUCAUAAAGGGUGUGAGACCAGAUUCGGAAAAGCUGGUGUGGUCUGUGUCCGAGCUCCUCAGGGUCGAUGAGGUCCUCCUCUGGACGCACCGGUCCUGCCCCACGCCCUCCGUGAGCGGCCCUCAGGAAGUAGACGUGGGUGGUUCUGUCUCUGUCCCGUUGGGGGUCCUGCCUGUUCUUUGUCCUCCCAUGUCCCCACAUUUCUAAGGCAGGUCUCGAGGGUUAUGCGGGAGGGAGGGUGGCCUCCCCUCCUAGCCUGGGACAGACGGGAGGUGGGGCAGCGCCCCCUGGUGGCCUUUUAACCCGCGUGUGGGGGAGGAGUGCGUCCUGUGGGAAGACGGGCCUGUCCUGCCGGGUACGACCAAGCGUCGAGUGUCUGUAACAUGCUCUUUGUUCUGGAUGUGUUUACUGGAUGCCUGUUUGUAUGUGCAGAAUAUACAUACAGAUCUUGAUAAGAAGAUUCACUGUGU